AUGGGCCAACAGGAGGAGGACCGUCUUCAGGAGGCGGUCAACAUCAUCAAAUGGCGCCUCAGCAUCUGCGGGCUCCGCUGUGCCCUGGAUAAGUCUGAACCGUACUUUCAUACCCUAAGUUACAUUUACUGCCUAGCAGCCAAGCGUCUUAGCAACACUACCGCAGUCAUCAUCGCCUUCGAGGGCCUAAAAGUGCCCACUCUCGUCAAGUACGGAGCCAAGAUCCAGAUCCAGAGGCCAGGCCAGGUCCAGAUGGACGUCGGCUACCGGGACCCCUCGAUCCCGCCAGCAGAGCCGGUCGACGAGCAGAGCUCGCAGUCACACCCCGGGACCGAGCCGAGCCAGGUCCAGAUCCCUCCAGGCCCUCCCAGAAAAGCCGGCGUGGCCGCGAGCGACUCGCGCAAGGCGGGCGGCCGUCGGGGGCCCGCUGCCUUCAAGGAGGCCAUCUCGAGGCGCCUCUCCAGGGGCUCCGUCCACGAUGCGUCCGACUACUGCCUCACGGCUAAGCUGAUCGAGGAGCUGAACGUGGGCGUGGCUCUGUUCCGGGACGUGCUGCUGAGUGUGAGCAGUGCCCAGGACGGGCCCGAGCUGCGCCAGCGGAUACGCACGCUGCGCCAGCGCUGCGUCCAGGCCUGCGUCGACGCGGCACACCUGCUGCUGCCGCACAUUCGCAGCGCCGUGUCGGACGGCAUCCCGGUGGACUCGCAGCAGCUGGUGAACCUGGUGUGCUGCACACAGAUGCUCCUGCGAGAGCUGACCAAGUGCCGGGCGCUGCUCGUCGCCCACAAGAUGGACAUGCGAGACUUCUCCGAGCCUGUAGGACCACCCGGGGGAGUAGCGGUGCUCGACAGGCUGGUCCUAUGGAGGCCUCCACCCAAAGACUACCACCUCGAAGAACUGCGUUCCAUUGACAGGGAUGCAGAGACCGUCCGGUCAGUGCUUGCCGAGAUGCAGGAGUUCAUGCCUCACGAAAGCAACUGCAAGAACCUGAUCGAGGAAGGGCUGUUCAAGUGGCGCCGGAAGGGAGGCCUCUACGGGCAGCUGGGACACCACCUCUGCUGUCUGUGCCGCUCGCACAUCAGCUAGCCCCGCUGACAUUGCGCGAGGUGACUCAGGAAACAAGAGGUGGCGUCUAGGCGCCGAAACUCCGAGUCUGCAGACGUGCUCUUAUCAGGGAUCACGCUUGUUUUGACGGAGGAGCCAGCAGUCGUCGGGACUGGCUGAAAAAGGAAAAAAAAUGAAAAAGAAACAUCGUGCCCAUUGCCAGACAUGUAAUACUCUAUGUGACUAUCACACCACGCAUUCGCACACAGAGACUGUUCCUCGGUGAUAUAUUUACCUACGCACGCCAUCAACAUUUGUCAUACGGUCAUGACCUUUUGGUUCUCCUUGAUGACAUUAUUUUCUUUUUUUUUUUGUGGGAAGCAGUGCGAAACAUUGUUGAAGGUAUCAACACAAAGGGGAAUUACUCUUCGCAGAUGCAGUCAGAAGCAACGGGGAGAUAAUUUAUUGUGUUUCGCUUUAAAAGGUUUUUGUGGAACGUUGCAGAAACUUCUAGUCAGGUGACGUUUCCCCCCUUUUACUUUUCACACAAGAGAACCAGUUCUCCACUGCCCGGGUUGGUCUAUGGCAUCCCUGGCGUAAAAGGCGAAAUGGUUGCACACAAGCAGAGUAGUAUCGCCUACGAAUAUCGAGAUAAACCGCAAAGCCAGCAUCUGAACAUAGUUGAGGCCCUAAACGAAAUGCGUUGCGAAAGCUGCGAUCAUUUGAAACGCCACACUACUUGACUGAAUUUACGGAUACCACUACAGCGCAACCUAAAUUUUAAUGAAGUAGUCAAAGUUGAUCGAGAAAUUCGGUUCGGGAAACUGAUGCAUGAAUUUCUCGCAGCCACGCUACAUCAGGUCAGAGCGCAUUCAGCAGAAUCGCAUCGUCCAUUUUGCAUGUCGCAACGUCAAGUAUGCCGGGAGCAUUCGUGGCGUUGACAUUAGCUUACGUUGGGUGCAGACCGCCUCUCCCCGGGAGCUCCCUUUCAUGUUAGUGACCACAAGUGCGUGCGAAGAAGGAGCAACGCGGUCGGAGUACGUUCCCAGCUUGAAAAAUGUCCACAUUUUUGCCACGCUUUAUCAGCCUCCCGUGAAACUAAAGGGGUCGACAAGUGGCCAUUGCUUUGACCAGCCCCCAUUCAGGACGUUUAACUAGAUGUGUCCAAAUUUGUGUACCUGUGUUUGCUGCUAUCAUAGCAGUGACAUUCCGUACGCUGGGGUUCCUUAUGGUAAUUGGCGCACAGAUGUUUGCGUUGGCGGGUGCUAACACGUUGUUCGCUUCUCGGAAAGUCUGAAACGUGCGAUCGUUGUUGAUUGACCAAACGUGUAUCGCGUUAGGGCGUAAAUAGUACCUCAACGACACUUAGCGCAUGACAGAGACGUUUUCAAAAUAAAAAAAAGGAAAACUCGAGAAACACGCACUUUCACGCUCUGAAUGCGGCCCAGUUAAUCUCGUGGUCGACAUCGAGUGUCGGAAUAACUUGUGUGUUACUAUUCGCACAAGCAUUUCUACUUGGACAGUUGUGAACAUGACAAAAGAAAAUGCCUGACACGUUAGGAUGCGCUAUUGUAGGCUAUUUUCCGGCUACACCUGCGACCGGAAUCAAGCGAAAAACCAAAGAAGCGAUACAAAUAAAUUCAUAGCUGCCUUUAUUGUUACUAUAAUCAGGAAUCAGCACAGAAUGAAUCGAAGGUGAAAUUGUCGUUGGAUGACAAGAAAGAAAAUAAAAAAUUCGGCACCUAAGGCUGCUUACCUGUAGGAAUGCGAAAAUAUUAUACCGUUUGUAGACCUCGGAACGUCAUGAACGCGCUCAUUUUAUACACUCAUCACGUGGCGCCACCUGGCUACGCCGUCACGUGACCAAUGACGCACGCACUAGGCCACACCUUCAGUCAGCCAGAACCGGGUAUACCCGCCGUGGCGGGAAGCACGCUCGUUUCGCAUCUCAGGAGGCCCUGGUUCAAUUCCCACCCAGAUCGACAUGCACUAGUACGCUAACCUUUGUUUUCGAAGGCAUUAAUUUACUUUGUUUGCAGGAAGUUCCCUAGAAAUUUAACAUCAGUCUGAGCAUUUUUUUUUUUUUGCACCGUUGGCCGUUUUUGGCGCCAUCUUUCGGUCACGCCGACUACAACGCAUUUUCGCUCUAUCAGGCAUAUAAUGCUUUCGCAUUAAAAGUUCGUAACCAUUCUGCUAUAUAAUAUCGACAUCCUCAGGAGCAGGAACUCGUGUCCGGAAGUGAGAAUUCCUGCAAACUUUCACGCAUUUGUCGAAGAAGUCAGAUCCCGAGUCCAGUUUUCUAGAUCGCAGUCUUGCAUUCAAAUAUUUGAAUUUGGUUUGUUUCGAAUGCUUUCUUCACAGCUGGGCCGUGACCCCGCGCGGCCCAGGAGGUAAACUGAUUUCCCACUCGCAUACUCUAUCAGUCGCACUAGCGAAAUGGAACGUAGCACUACAAAACGACCACACUUUGUACAGAAAGCCACCAGGAAUCAUAAGCGCAUUGCGCGCGCGUUGAGCUGCCGCCACUUGUCUACGCGGACGUUACUCCCGAGUGGAGCAACCACGCGGAGGAAAGCACUGUUGGCUCGCAUUUGUCUUUGUACUCUACGCUAUAACCAGGUGAAUGUGCGACAGCGGCGUGACUGUGCCCAGCCACACGUCCUCGAUUACCGAGCACGAAUCCUUCAGCACCGGCGCACAACGCGAGACGCACGACCGCAAGCUUCGCGUUUACGUACACGUGACGCGCGCCCUCCCGCACGGUUUCUUCACAGCGCGACACAACUCUUGACCACACGUUUUUCGUCGCGGCUACCACUGUCCAGGGGCCGCCACGCGUAUUUAGUCUUCUCGCACGACACUUUACACUCGUAUUCGUGAGAUCACACACCGAUAUAUACAUUAUAUACUAUCUCUUACAGAAGAAUAGAGCACUACACUUCACCUUCUCUUACUCGCAAAUACACACAUGCCGUGCCCACGCCUGUGGCUAAGCGGGAGAACUUGAAGUCGAUGCUCCUAGCAGGAAACGUUAUAGAGAGCUUAGCGCGUUUGUACACAGUAGGCUAUCGUAGUUUUAGCUUUGCAAGCAGCACCACAGGUAGUCAUUAUUAGCACUUACCGGUAUCGACGUGUUUUUUCUAUCGACAUAAGAAACAACAACUUUUGAACGUGCAGACGAUGAUAUAUGGGGGUGAUUUGCAGGUGGCCCGAAAACAUUGAUUUCGAAGUUGUUCAGCGGUAGACGCGUGUGUGUUCAAUAAAGCUCUCUUCCAAGUGCUAUCCCCGCCGAACGACUGAUGUGAGAGAUAACUUUGCGCACUUCUGUUAUCCUAACUUGAGGCGCUAUCAUCCCGGAAGGGAAUGUCGAAAAGCGCGCUGCUUUCCAGAUGUCGGACUGAGCGAGGGUAUGAAUUUAAAGAAAGUUUUCCUGUUUUUUUGGUUAUCACAGAAGCAAACAAAAAAGGCAGUUUAUUAUGAUUGGGCAUUGAAUGCAUUUAAUUUACGACACGAAUGUAAGAUGUAAAGUUUGUGAGUUAUUGUGCAAACGGACAAUACUUCAACUGCGUUCUUAACAGUUGAAGGAAAUGCAUUAGCUGUUUCUUCAGGCUAAUUUGGUUCGCAGAUACUGUCAUGGUAAAGAUGGGAAUAUUUCCUUUGUUGCUUAUGUUGAUGCAAACAGCUUUACACGUUUACUGGCGAAUAUAAAGCUCUUUAAGGAAUAUUUUGUUGAAUAUAACACCCCUGUUACGUGCAAGCAUUCGAAGUUGGAGAUUUGUUUGAAACAUAAAAUAUACACUUAGUCUAUCUUUAGCAUGAGAAACGAUCGAUCGGUGACUUUUGUAUCUUUCUGUACAUUUCCAUUUGUCACAGUUCUUUCUUUUUGAGGCCACAGUGUUUAAGCUGCACAUCAGGUACAUUUGGUGAUAUGGCAAUGCAACAGCGGUGUUUGUUUACUUUUUUUAGCUGCUUUAUUUUUCAUUGGUGCAGUACAUUUUCUUACUGGCAUUUUUAUUACAUCUGUUUACCCAGAAUAACUCUCACUUUAAUAUCGCACUUACUUGAAGCGGAGCUGUAGCUACCGUCUGGUAUUAAAGUUCGUGACGUUCAAACCACCAUUUGCACUUAACGGUAAACUUAAUAACAAUGCAGUGUUUCUGGCAUGAUUAAACCCUAGGCAAGACCGUGACACAGCGGUUUAUCCAGGAAACAAAUCGACGAACUAAAACGUGUCAAACAGUCUAAUCUAACAUUCAGUGGUCUAAAGUACGUGGUGGCAGGGACAUAAGGAAAAAAAAUGCAAUCAACGGUUGUGUGCUGUGUAUACCUGAUCUGCCGUCGGUACCCUCUGAAGGAGCGGUGUCACUCCGAACAGCAUUUGGUGCUUAGUCAAAUUGUGCCUGUGAUAAACUAGAAAUCUCUAUAGCCAAACUUUGCAGUUAUUGCGAGGCGCGCUGCCAGGCGAAGACGUCGUCAGCAUCACAGUAUUUCAUGCAGAGAUCGCUGGAGGGAAAUCUGGGCUGGUGUUACUGUAGCCGUCUUUAUCGCUUCGUAGAUUGUAAGCAUGAUGAGCAUUAAUUGAAUUUUCAUUAAUUUGCGGCAUGACCUGACUACUAGCGUAAGCACGUCUUACACUCCAUUUUUCUUUCAAAAAAUAUUUUUAGCAUUGUUGCAUGAGCGUCGCUCGCGGAGUCUUUUAAAAUUACGGUACCAACUAGCCCUCCCACCGUGAAUGUUAUAAUUAAGCUAUCUGUUGUUUCACGUUCUCGUUCUUGUUUAACAUCAAAAACAUCGAGAAAGCUACGGACAUGUGACGAGUGGAGCCAAUGACGAAGCCAAGGGAAAGUGGGGCACUAUACUCGCGAUUCUCAUUAAGGCUUGACCAGUGCAUCGCCCAGACUGCCCUCAGGCAAUCUAUGUAUUAAAGUGAAUAGUUUCAAAGUGGCCUCCGGGAAACGGCCCGAGGUCAGAUGUUGUGUAAGGGGGCGUCAGUAUUCUCGGAGGUCAUGGUUUCGCGCGCUUUGGUCAGCGUCAGUGUUGUUCUUCGGCACUAGCUCCUACAGCCAGCUCUUUUCGUGUUCAUCAUUGCGCACUGUUUUCCGGUUGUUUAAGGACUGUAUAUAUUUUUUUCAUUGGUUACCUACGAGUGUGUAGUGACCAAGGAAGAAAAGCUGGAAGCAAAACGAAAUUGGCGCAGCCUACGAAGGGUGCUUUCUACGAAAUAGACCCCGCUCCAGAGGCCAGUUGAAAAGGAGCUGGGAUCAACCAUUUCCUUCUCCAUUUCCUCCCCAAGAAUACAAAAAGCAAGACAAAGCUUAUACAAUAUUCCUAUAUCUAUAUAUAUUAUAUAUACAUGUAAUAUAUAUAUCUCGAUAUAUCUAAUAAAGAGAUCUUAGGGUUUCCUGCUGUUGAAA